GUGCCCAGUCACGCUUUUCCCGCUUUCUUUCUCACUCGUUACCUCGAUUUCUUUGUGCUUUGUUUCUUCCUUCGCCUUUGAUCCGAUUUACCAAUCGUCUCGAGCAUAAUACCUUUGACCCAACGUCGGGCAACCCCCCAACUAGGUCUCUUAGUCACCGAGUAAACCGCCGUUUCCACGACUUUUCUUACUACAACCUCCAACCCUUCCGUUGACCGAAACCAUGGUCUCCGACGAGACGUACGAGAUCUGCCUCCCGAUCCUCCAGGACCCGAACAUCGAAGAUGAGGACAAGACGGACAGGCUCGAGGAGUUGCUCAAAGUGAAGACCAGCUUGGCUGGGCAAGCGCUAGAAAACGCAAUAUUAGAUGCAUUAUGGAGAUACCGAGAAGGAGGGGGGAGCACAACCUCGCCGCCACCGAUUCGGCAAACCAUCCUGCGGCGGCCGUCGCCGGCCUCCUGGCGCGGCUCUGGGACCCCACUCUCGAGUUCACCUCGACUGGGCGUCAGUCCCCUUGCCCCGCCGGGCUUCAUGCCUACACCGUUUGGUCGGACAAAGUCUUCGACCGCGUCCCCUUUUGGCUCGCCGCGGCCGUCUCCGAGGCUGGCGUUUGCUACCCCCGUGCCGCACAGCCCGAACCUUAACGCCUACCAGUUUGCCCAUGACGACACACCGUCGCAGGAGGUCUUUGGCGACUACCAGUCUGACAAUGUGGACUGGCUCGUGAGCGACGAUGCAAUCAGCGUGACAUCUUCGGUUGGUGGCUCUAGCGGGCUGAACGUGAGCGCUCCUGAGUUUGUUUCGACGCAGCAGCAGUCGGAUAUGACCCCCUACGACAUGCUGCGGUCGAUCCUUGGGCAGACCAAGUCGGACGACGAGAUCAGCGCCGCCCUCGCCAUGCACGGCUACGACCUUGGAGCCACCGUUGCGGCUAUCAUGGAGACGCAGGUGCAGGACAACCUCGCGUUGGCCGCCCAGGCUGAAGAGAACCGAGUUACAAUCGGGAAGACGAUGAGCCCUGACGGCCGGCCGGGUACCCCAGCAGACCAGCAGAAGUCGGGCGUUAUCUGCAAGUUCUAUCUUUCCACUGGCCAGUGUCUGCGGGCCGACUGCCGAUUUAGUCAUGAUUUGAGCAAUCACAUCUGCAAAUACUGGGUUGCGGGCAACUGCCUUGCCGGCAGCACCUGUAUCUUCUCGCACGAUCCCUCGCAUCUUGUCAACCGGCUACACAUCGAUGGCUCCGGCACGCCGCCAAUGCAACAUGCCACGGUGAACUUGCAGGACUAUAGUAACUUCCCAGCGCUCCAGCCGGGCACGCCCGAGCAGCUCUUUGCGACUACCGCCAGUUAUCCGACAUUGGGCGUGACGCCGCCGCCCGGGUUCAAGGGUCACCAUGCCUACCCCGACCGGCCUAGAUCUCGGCCAGGCAGCCGGCACCAACAGAAGGAUAACGCCCAGUCUGCCCCUUCACCGGACGAUGCCGAUGCGUUCCCAUCGCUUGGCGCUGCUAUAGUAAAGCAGGGCAAGAAACAUCACGGUAAGAGAGGCGGCCAUGGCCAUGGGCCUAAAGAGAACUUUGCACCGAGCACACUGGCGGACAUUGUCAAGAUGUCGCCGACGCCGACGCCGGCUGUGCCAAACCGUAGGACUCCCCGUAACGGCAGUUCAACCAACGUCCGCAACGGCGAGAACAGCGCGGCUGCCCAGGCGAUCUCGAACCCGAAGCACAUUCCCUGGCUUGAGACCGGUGACAAGGCCAACAAGGCCUAUCUCAAGGCGCGACAGGAGGCCAUCAAGCACGGUGGCCUCCGGAACAAGUUUCUUCAGAGUGCCGCUCAGGCUUGGAACCGCAAUGACGCGCGGGCCGCCAAAGCGCUCAGUCUCCGCGGGCAGAGCGAGAACGAUCUCAUGCGGAAGGCUCAUCGUGAGGCGGCCCAGCAGCUGUACGAGGAACGCAACAAAAAUAGGGGGGACUGCCCCGAGAUCUACGUAGACCUGCACGGGCUGCACCCGGAAGAGGCCGUCGAAUACCUCGAGGGCAUCCUGACGGAGAACGCCACGGAAAGCCGACCGAUCUAUGCCAUUACCGGCACCGGCCACCAUAGCAAGAAUGGUAAGGACAAGGUCGGCAAGGCGGUUCGGGGCUUCCUCAACGAGUGGCGCUACGCGUACCGCGAGUUCUCGGUGCCCGGCGACCGCAACAGCACGGGGGGCAUCCUGGGCAUCGACGCACGCAGCUGGGACCGCACGCUCUCGCAGGACGGCAAGACACUGACGAGGAAGGAGGAGGACAAGGAGGAGGUGGAUAUCCUGUCCCAAGGUGUCGAGAUCGGCGAGGGCAAGGUCAAGCUGCUUGUUAGGGACACGUCGGCGGCCAAGGAACCACCCAAGGGCCCGUCGGGUGCCAGGGGCAGGUGACAAUGGGGCCCGUAGCUACCUUUUGAACAGAAAGAAGUAAAAGCCUUGAACUCGAGAUAUACUUGUACUGUGCCAUACUGUGUAGAGCCCCUU